AUGGCUUCCUCCUCCCUCUUCGCCGCCGGGCGCCGCCUUCUCCGCCUCGGCCGCGGGAGGCUCUUCCACUGCAGAUCCCGCUCCCACAACCCCACUACUCUUCUCCUCCCCGCAUCCUCUCCACGCGGUCGCACCUACAGCUCUGAGAGGCCGGCGGCGCGGCGGCCGCCGAGCCUGCAGUCCACGCUGUGGCCGCUGGGCCACCCGGGCACGCUCCUGGUGCCGGAGAUCGAGCGCUGGGCGGAGAAGCCCGGGAACCGCCUCCGCCCGGUGGAGCUGGAGCGCAUCGUCAAAGAGCUCCGCAAGCGCCGCCGCCACCGCCAGGCCCUCGAGGUCUCCGAGUGGAUGAGUGCUAAGGGUCAUGUCAAAUUUUUGCCAAAGGAUCAUGCUGUUCACCUGGAUUUGGUCGGUCAAGUUCAUGGAGUGGGAGCAGCAGAAGCCUACUUCAGUAAUCUGCCUGAUAAAGAUAAGACGGAGAAACCUUACGGUGCACUCCUGAACUGCUACACACGAGAACACCUAGUUGACGAAUCCUUGGCUCAUUUUCAGAAGAUGAAAGAGCUGGGUUUUGUGUUCAGUAGUCUCCCCUAUAACAACCUCAUGGGCCUGUAUACUAACAUAGGACAGCAUGAGAAGGUCCCUUCAGUGAUAGCAGAGAUGAAAAGCAAUGGUAUCAUGCCUGACAACUUCAGCUACAGAAUAUGCAUAAACUCUUAUGGCACACGGGCAGACUUUUUUGGGAUGGAGAAAACCCUGGAAGAUAUGGAGUGUGAGCCUCAAAUUGUUGUUGACUGGAACACCUAUGCCGUUGUGGCGAGCAACUACAUCAAGGGGAAUCUUAGGGACAAGGCAAUCUCUGCCUUAAAAAAAGCAGAAGCAAAAAUUGACAUAAAAGAUUCAGAUAACUAUAACCACCUGAUAUCUCUGUACGGCCAGCUGGAGGACAAGUCAGAGGUGAAGAGGCUCUGGGCACUCCAGAUGUCAAACUGCAAGAGGCAUAUUAACAAGGACUACACUACAAUGCUUGCAAUGCUUGUGAAGCUUGAUGAAAUCGAAGAAGCAGAGGCCUUGUUGAAAGAGUGGGAGUCGAGUGAAAACGCGUUCGACUUCCAUGUCCCAGAUGUUUUGCUCACCGGAUACCGGCAGAAGGGCAUGCUGGACAAGGCCGAGGCGCUGCUUGAUGACUUCUUGAAGAAGAGGAAGACGCCUCCUUCAACCAGUUGGGCCAUCGUGGCAAUCGGGUAUGCGGAGAAAGGUGAUGCUGUGAAAGCCUAUGAGCUAAUAAAGAAUGCCCUUUGUGUUUAUUCUCCUAACAGUGGCUGGGUCCCGAGGGCUGCAAUGAUUCAGAUGAUCCUGAAGUAUCUUGGAGACGAAGGUGAACUCAAGGAUGUUGAAAAUUUCAUUCAUCUGCUGCAAGCUGCUAUGCCUUUGAACUCGGAUAUGACGGAGGCUUUGUCAAGGGCUCGUAUGAGAGAGGCUGGAGGCACAGAGGAAGAAGCUCCAAGCUCAACAAAAGCAUCAGGAUAAUGUUGCUUGAACUUGUGAUUAUUAAUGGAACGGGGCUUUUAGGACGAUUUGGGGUUGAUGUACUGUGCCGCACCAUGUAGUCUAUCUAGUCACAAGAACUUCAUUGAUAGUUUUACCUGGGCCUGUAAUUUGCCACAAACAAAUUGUUUCCUAGUUCUUGAUGGUUUUGUA